AAUACGCUCAUUGGAUAUCGCAUUUCAUCGUUUUAUUGCGCUCGUCUGCAACCGGCAUAAUACGAAAGUUCAUAAUUGCAUAAUGUGAUUAUUCAGUGUGAUGCAGGAUUCACACAGCGUCCAAUAUUCGACGUACGACGAUUUUCAAAAUCGAAUUUUCUGAUUAUUGGGAUUGGCGAUCGUGACGUCACAAGGCAAAAUGGCCGGAGAGAGUAUCACUUGUCACUCUACAAUACGACGUAUGUGCUUAUUCCCUGAACCGAAUUUUUACCAAAAGUAUAUGAAAUAGGGGUAAAAUUUUCCGGGGAGUGCCACUAUGUGUAUAGUUUUUUAAGUCGAUUUAUUUAUGUGGCAGCCGGCGACCUACUCUUUUUAGUUCUGUUUUCGCCACCAGAUAGCGUAUCGCAGUUUAGCCAUUCCCAAUAGAUAUCGGAUGCUGUGUGAAUCCUGCAUGCUUCUCGCUAUUGAAAGAACAUUUAAUCCGCAGCAAUAUAUAACCUAUAAAUUCACAGAUUGAUCGUUUUAACUUCAAAACAUUGAAAUAUAUUGAACCUUAAAUUGCAUAAUAGUCAAAAGUAGAAUAUUCACGUUGAAAAAGGUAGAAUCUUUGUGAUAAAAAUCGAUACACUAUGAACGAUCACUAUGAGCGAGGCCCAUACAAACGUUACCUUAUGAACGAUGAUGCAGAAAUACCAGAAUCGACAUUACGUAGAAGACGCUUAUUAGAAACAGCACAAAAAGAAUCUUUACAGGCUGAAAAACAUGCCAAUAAUGAAGAUGUGUGGCACGCAGACGAAUCAUUGAGCAGUAACACUGAUAACUUAUCAUCAAAUUCGGCUGAUACAUCUAAAAAUAAAGUAACAGAUCGUAGCAGUAUUGAUGAGUUAACAUCAGUUUCAAGCACUAGUGAUACGUCUGAAAAUAAAGAAUCAGAUCGCAGCAGUACUGAUGACAGAUGUACCGAUCAAACUCCUGAUAUUUUCUUUGAUGAAAGCUUUGAUCAUGCUGAUGUAACAGACCCAGAAAGAAAUGAAGAAACUGUUAGGGAAAUAAAUGAGAGAGAAAUUCACAGAGAGAUUAUAUCGAUUCUAACGGAGAAGUGAAUGAUGAAAUGUCUGAUUCGGAAAACAAUUCUAGUGAUGAGGACGAAGAUAAUGUAGAUAUUGUGAUAAGAGCUGAUGUACAGAAUCACAGAGUUAACGAACCGUGCGAUGUUAACGAAGUAAGCAACAUCUUUAAUCCUAUUUUUCUUUUGUGUAUCAUUAGUCAUUGUUUAAAUUUGGGCACAAAUAACGCAAGAAAUAUUGUGCUAAAGUCCCCUGAAAUAAUUUACCAUUGAAUUGCUUAAGCACUUGCCUUACCAACUUUUUUAUAUAAACUAC